CUCCCGGCAGGUCCCUGGCGUCGCUAUUCUGGCCGUUGCGGUUAUCGGGCAGCCCCGGCUGUUGUCUUCUGACACACACACACGCACACGCUCGCUCUCCCUCUCUCGACAUCGCUAGCCCGAGUCCAUUCGCUGGUCGUUUGCUUUUCCUGUGUCGCUCCAUCCAGCCCCCUCGUCGUCUUCCCCCGGUUUGUUGACCCUGAACGCCGAGGCCGGUCCAUCUCAAUCAAAGACUUGCAUUGCAGAUUCUCGCCUGGGGACGGGGAAGGGCUAGAAGCUCGCUGGUACGGGUCAUACAAGUGGUAGUCCAAUUCGCAACCUGCAAACCGAGUGGUGUGGGCUGCGGUCGGCUCUCUUUUUUGUGGUUCCCGCUCGUCGCCAUGGGAUCGACUCAGUUUGGCAACUUUCAUGACUUUUGUCGGGACACGACACUGCCAAUAUGCAACAUACUCGUCAAUAAUAAUCAACCUCCUAAUGCGAAGUUUGGUGGAUGUCCUCUGACAGGAAUUGGCUUAAGCGAUGGCAGACAUCUUUCCAAUCUCGGUUCGAUCUUAUUAUGCUUCAUUGCGAUCCUGAUGACCGUGUUUUUGAUAUGGAAGUCUGAGAAGAAAAAGGCCGCUGUGGGAAGAAGGGAAAUCCAAAUAUUUCUCGUCGGGUUUGUCAUCAUUCAAAUAUGCGAAAUAUUCACUGUCGGAGGGUUUCCCCUUGACGAUAACGUUCGGAAAGGAUUUACGGCUGUUCACUUGGCUGCCAUCUCCGCUACAACAUGGAUGCUCUUCGUAAAUGCGCUGGUCGGGUAUCAAUUCCUCGACGAUGGUACACCGAUUUCAAUUGGGUUGCUGUUGACCUCUGCCGCCGUUCUUUUCAUUGGGACUGGUUACAUCGCUCUGGACACCGCCUUCAGUUGGACUGGGUAUUUUGACCCAAGCCUGUCCGGAGAAAACAGGAACAUUGGACUCUAUGUCCUUUAUCUGCUCUUUCCGCUGAUUUGCCUGGUUGGUUUCUUCGUGCUCGAGUCUAUCCUUGUACUGAGGAUUCUCGGCGAGAUGCGACCAAUGCUGUACCUUUCGGGCGCCGCUUUGCUCUUUGCAUUUGGCCAGAUAUUUGACUUCGCUAUUAGCACCCACCUCUGCCAUGCAUCGGAUGGCAAGAUCAACGGUGCUUUAUUCGAGACGCUCUUCACUCUUCUCUCCGUCGGUAUGGUUUGGAUCUUCUGGAGUAGUAUAACAGAAGAUGACUGGCCCAUGCCUGUAUCCACCGGAGGAUACAAUUAAGCAAUAUAAAGCAAAAAAAAAGGUAAGGGAAAAAGGAAACAUUCGAAAAAUGUAUCAAAGCUUAUUUUAUUAUAUUUUGUUCAUCACGCAAAUAUACCAGAAAUCUGGCGGAAAUACCCCCUUUGCUCACUCGAUAAGAUAUGUCUUUUUUUGUUUUUUUUUAUAUCUCAUUUGGGCUGUUAUGAUUAUUCUUUUUACUUUUCCAACACCCACCCAACCAACCACCACCCUUGGGCUUUCUUUUAUAAUGUGAAUUAGCUGGUUUACGCGAUGCAUGUCUUUGAUGUCAUGGGAGCGUGUUAGGAGCCCCCUUUGCUGGGAGGAAUUUAAUGAUGUAAUACCUGAAGCUUGUUCCUGUUCCUGUUGCUUGAGUUUUAUGUUUUGAGAAACUUGGGAAGGUUCGUUCCUCUGCCUUUGGGUUCUACCUCAAAAAGCCUCCCAAAGGUGUUCUGCUGAAGCCUUCUGCUGUUCUUAGUGGCUGACAUAGGUUCCUAUAUCUUUGGAGCGUAUUGUGAUAUAUAAGGGAGUAAAUCGGAAUGAUGAAAGGUUCACAAAAAGA